UGGUGUCCGCCGAAACAAAAGUCGCCGUCGCCUCGCCUCGCCUCGCCUUUCGACGUCAUCUCCUACGCCCCGCCCGUUUGACUCCUUUCGUCUCCUUCCCCUUCCAUUCCCUUCGUCUCGUAGGUUUAGCGCCCCACGCGAACCCCACCGUACCAACCCCACCAGCGGGCGUCCCUCCCGCAGCGGUUGCUCUGUCGGCUUCCUGCUGCCCCCGCUCCCUUCAUGGUGGCCGCCGAAUCGUGAGGCUGCGCUCAACGAUCAGAAGAUGAGGCGCUCUGCCGGUGUGCUGAGGGCCGCUGUGGCGGGCCUCUUUGUGCUCGGCCUCGCCCUCCCUCCGCUGGCCGCGUCGCUGCGGCCUCUCAGGGAGCGCGUCGCGUCCGCCGGAGCCGCGGCCUCCUCCGGAUCGUGGGCCGAUGAGCAUGCAUUCUACAAGAGGGAUGAUAAUGACAUGAGCCCAUAUUCAUGGAAUAUUACAGGAAUAUAUAAAGGAAGUUGGAGCUUUGCUGGGGCCACAAAUGGCUCUUCCAGGUUUCUUGAAUUUGUGACAUCUAAAGGUGACUCGGUUUUAGAAUUACUGAGUACGUCAACAAAGAUAAGCGGGGUACACUAUGUUCAGGGAACAAUAACAUUCCAUGAUGUUAUUGACAAAUCUCAUGAUCGUGGGGUUGCUCAAAUAAGGUUAGAAGGUGUGUAUAUAUGGCCUUUUAGACAACUUCGUUUGGUGGCAAACAGCGGCGCAGAUGGUGAACCACUUCAAGAAGAGGAUUACUUCUUGUCAAAUCCAUACCAUCUGCUGCGGAUUUUCUCCUCUCAAGUGUUCCAAGAUUCUUCUGAAGAGAAGAACCGAAGGAAGAACUCUCUCACACAUGACAUGGAGAAACAUUGUAACAUAGAAAUAGCCGCUAAAGUGGUCCGGGUGUCAUCUAACCAAAAUGUAGAAGGAGAUCAUGAGAAGUACCGAUUGGAGGGCUUGAUGGAAAGUCCAGCAGUGGAUGAUGAUGGAGAGUGCUUCUCAUCUAUCUUACUAAAUUCAACAUCGCUGAAUGUUGAAGCUUAUUACAACAAAGCAGUUAACUAUACACUGAUGGUCACUUUUAUCUCUUUUCUCCAAGUUCUGCUGCUUAUUAGACAAAUGGAACACAGCAACACCCAGUCAGGAGCUGCUAAGGUUUCUAUUAUUAUGAUUGGGCAACAAGCUAUCAUGGAUGCAUAUCUUUGUCUACUGCAUUUGACUGCUGGGAUAUUGGUUGAGUCUCUCUUUAAUGCCUUUGCAACAGCUGCCUUCUUCAAAUUCGUUGUUUUUUCUAUUUUUGAGAUGAGGUAUCUUCUUGCUAUAUGGAAAGCAAGUAGACCAUUGAACAGCGGAGAAGGUUGGGAAAUAAUGAGGCGGGAACUUUCUGUUCUCUACAGCCGCUUUUACGGCAUUCUUUUGGGAGGAAUCCUUCUGAUGUAUGAGUUGCACAAUUUCUUGCGCCUGCUUCUUUUCCUGAUGUACUCCUUUUGGAUUCCUCAAAUUGUCAUGAAUGUCAUCCGGGAUACAAGAAAACCACUGCACCCUCAAUAUAUUUUAGGCAUGACUGCUAUCCGUGUAGCCAUCCCGCUAUAUAUAUUUGGUUGUCCUAGCAACUUCAUGCGCAUUGAGCCCGACAAGAAAUGGUGCAUAGCUGUGACAACGUUCAUGGGUAUCCAAGCAGCUGUGCUGCUCCUCCAGCACUAUCUUGGUUCUCGCUGCUUUAUUCCUCACCAGAUCCUCCCUGAGAAAUACUGCUACCACAGGAAGGUAGAGGAUAACACAAAUCAGCCCAUUGAUUGUGUAAUCUGCAUGACCACAAUUGAUCUUUCCCAAAGAGCAAGUGAAUACAUGGUGGCACCGUGUGAACAUAUAUUCCACUCGGGCUGUUUACAACGCUGGAUGGACAUCAAGAUGGAGUGCCCAACUUGCAGGCGCUCUCUACCACCAGCUUAGAGGAGCAAUCCUAUGUACUCCCUCCGUAAACAAAUAUAAGAGCGUUUAGAUAACUAAAGUAAUGAUCUAAACACUCUUAUAUUUCUUUACAGAGGGAGUACAAUAUAUAGUUUACAAGAAGUAGGUAGCCCAGCGAAAGUGCUUAUAUCCCAUCUUCCCCAUCCACAUCCGUCGAGAUUCUCAGAUAUUCUCGCCUCCCCAUGUAUACUGGCCGGUAUAAAUGUUGUAUUUGAACUGCUUUUCUGACCCAUGACCCAUACCAUUCGAGAUGGUAGUGGUUCGUUAUCACAAAAAUCAAUCAACGCGAGAUGGUAACAGUGGCGUCUUCGUUGGUGUAGGGGAGGAUGUGUGCAGAUGACUCCUUAAUCUCAAUGAAGGCAAAUAUGCAAGCACUGGAAGUAAUUCUUAAUAUAUUAUUAUUGUGACAGUUCAGGUCAGCUGGUUAGCAAUGUAAAA